GUGAUGAAGUCAGUUAACCACAGCCUUCAACAUGCUCUGCUCCAGCAGCAGCCCUGGCUCCUUGGUGGUAUCUUGGCCAUGACAUACAUAUGACAUGCCCUCCCUUCACCCACUGGCAGACCGUUUCUCUUGUCCUGCAGCAUGGACCAAAGGGAAAUUCUGCACAGAUUCCUGGAGGAGGCCCAAAGCAAGAAAACUGACAAAGAGGAGUUUGCCGGUGAAUUUCUGAAGCUGAAAAGACAAUCCACCAAGUACAAGGCAGACAAAACCUAUCCCACCACUGUGGCUGAGAUGCCCACGAAUAUCAAGAAAAACAGAUAUAAAGAUAUCUUGCCCUAUGAUCACAGCCGAGUAGAGCUGUCCCUGAUAACCUCGGAUGAAGAUUCUGACUACAUCAAUGCCAACUUCAUUAAGGGAGUUUAUGGACCCAAGGGUUAUAUUGCCACCCAGGGACCCUUGUCUACAACUCUCCUGGACUUCUGGAGGAUGGUCUGGGAAUACAGCGUCCUGGUCAUUGUUAUGGCAUGCAUGGAGUUUGAGAUGGGGAAGAAAAAGUGUGAGCGCUACUGGACUGAGCCAGGAGAGCUACCGCGGCGAGUUGGCCCUUUCUCCAUAUCCUGUGAAGCUGAAAAUAGAAAAUCGAAUUACAUAAUCAGGACUCUAAAAGCCAAGUUCAAUAGUGAAACUCGAACUAUCUACCAGUUUCAUUACAAGAAUUGGCCAGACCAUGAUGUGCCUUCAUCCAUAGACCCUAUUCUUGAGCUCAUCUGGGAUGUACGUUCUUACCAAGAGGAUGUCAGUGUUCCCAUAUGCAUUCACUGCAGUGCCGGCUGUGGAAGGACUGGUGUUAUCUGUGCUAUUGAUUACACCUGGAUGUUGCUAAAAGAUGGGAUACUUCCAGAGAACUUCAGUGUUUUUAGUUUGAUCCAGGAAAUGCGAACACAAAGACCUUCAUUUGUUCAAACUCAGGAACAGUAUGAGCUGGUCUACAAGGCUGUAUUAGAACUAUUUAAGAGACAGAUGGAAGUUAUUAGGGAUCAACACUCGGGAACAGAGAUUCAAGCACAGGAUUCCGUUCUUAAGCAAAAUCCCAUUCUAGAAACAGAGUCUUAUUCUCCCAAUUUACCAAAAAGCAGCUUAAAAGAAGCAGAGAUGAUGAAACAAGAGAGCAAACCAAGGCUAAGGGUGAAAAGUGCAGAAGUUUCUUCUUUUGACUUCAGGACUUCUGACAGAAGUGAAAAGGAAAGGUUAGCCUUGCACGGUGGUGAACAGAAACGUGCUUUUGACCUUUUGGAACUAAACUGUAGUUGUAACAAAAAUGCCAACAUAACCACACAUUGGGAGACCAAGGCAUUUCCAAUAGCUGGGAAGCCUCUUCAGAAGCAUCAGAGUUUAGACUGGAGUGCCAUUUUGUUUGGAGCGCGUCCAAAUUCUAAAGCUGCCGAUGUGGCAGGAAGGUAUUUUAAUGCAAAGGCGCCAAUAAUACGGACCAAAUCAACGCCCUUUGAGCUGACACAACAGAGAGACACCGAGGAGUUGGACAUCAAGGAAAAUGUUUCUUGUUUGGAAUCUCUACCCCACAGUUCUUAUCUCGCACAGGCUCAAAAAGCGAGGCAUGCUUCUUUGGCAGAACAGAAUUAUUCACUGCUGUCAGACUCUCAGCCCCAAAUGUGCAGCGCCUCUGUUGCAAAGGGGCCGGACUCUCAGCCUCUUCAUGUAUAUUCUUACAUGUCUGUAGAAGAUCCUUAUUUCUUAUCAUUGUCUCCUAGUAGCGCUGGUUCUAAGAUGUCUCUUGAUUUAUCUGAGAAGCCAGAUGGAAACAUUUUGCCUUGUUCCUCAUUGCCAGCAUCUUCUACAACCCUUUUUUCUUCUUACAAUUCACGUGAUUCUUUAGCACUGAGUCCUCCGACCCAAUACCCCUCUCCAAACCCAGAGACAGCAGUAGUAGCAACUUCUCCAAGGAUAGAUGAUGAAGUCCCUCCUCCACUUCCUGAACGGACGCCUGAGUCUUUUAUUGUGCUAGAGGAAGGUGGAGAAUUGCUACUGAAUGUUCCCAAAUCGUUAUCUUCAGCUGAGGAGGCAAAAGUUGGAACAUCACUACAAUGGAAUAGAACGUCUGAGUCAAGGACAUCCGAUGACACUGUGAGACUUAGGCCAACUAAGAGUGUAAAACUCCGGAGUCCCAAAUCAGAUCUACAUCAAGAUCGUUCUUCUCCCUCCCCACCUCCACUCCCAGAAAGAACCCUGGAGUCCUUCAUUCUUGCUGAUGAAGAAUGUAUGCAAGCUCAGCCUGUAAAGACUUAUUCUACUAGCUGUCCUAAUACCGUGGAAAAUUCAACAUCUUCAAAACAGAUAUUGAAGACUCCGGGAAAAGGUUUCACAAGGACUAAGAGUUUGAAAAUUUUGAGAAAUGUGAAAAAGAGUAUCUGUAAUUCUUCCCCACCAAACAAGUCUGCAGACUCUGUUCAGUCAAAUUUCUCCAGCUCCUUUCUGAAUUUUGGUUUUGCAAAUCGUUUUUCAAAACCCAAAGGACCAAGAAAACCACCACCAACUUGGAAUAUUUAACACAACUUUGGAAUAUAGGCUGCAAGUGCAUCUGCAAAUAAGAGUACUAAAAUACUAUUAGCUAAAAUAAGGUUUCCAUAUUCAUUUCAACAAUGAAGAUAAUAUAAUGUGUUAAUAGCAAUAUUAGAAAAGAAUAUUCAAAUAAGUGCCAGAAACUUUACAUUUUCAUCUCAUAUUGGGCUGGAAACUGGAAAUAAAUUUGUCACUUGAGCUUAUGUAGAGAACACUGUAUCACUGUAUGAGACACAGUUUUUGAAUGGACUUAUUUUUCAUUUUGGAAGUUAUUUUUAUUCUACUUUUCUACACAAAUAUAAGCCUCAGAGUAUUUUUUUUAUAAACUUCAAAAUGUUUUUAAGAAUUGGAUGUCAACUGAAUGUUUACAUUGCCAAAAUUACUACAGAAAGUGUUUCACAAAAUCUGACCUGUGCUUGUGGCAAUGACUCUUCCUUGGGAAUUAUUUUUGCCUAAAUGGAGUACAUGUUGCACAUCUUCCCAAAGAUGGAAAACUAGAGAACUAGAAUAAUAAGAAGUUAUGCUUAAGAGAAUAAAAUAUGUAAAUAAAAUCAUUUCUAUAUUUGGAUAUAUCUACUAACAAGAUGUUCAACUACAUUUCUGAUAAGUUUUAACCAGUUAUUCAGUUACCAAGUCUAGAAUAAUCAGCAAAAUAGCUAUCUUUUGGUAGCAUUUUUCAUUUCGAAGGACCUGCAUAAAUACAUGCGACUUAUAUCCAACCAAUCAGAGGUUUAAGAAAUUUUCCCUAUGAAUGUGGGUCUGCCUUAGUUUUAGAAAAUCUGAGUUUUCAAAUCUGAUUUUAUGUAACAAAUAAGUCAAUGGGUAAUUAAUGUUACAGAGGAUUCCCGAGUUCUCCUAAUGACUUUAACUUAGAAGUUUCUUUCUUUUAGAAACAUGAAAUACUUAAAACAGCAUUUGUUCUUCAAUACCUUUCGUUAGGAAGCCUCAUGAUAGGGCUAAUUGGAUGAUAUGUUAACCUAUUUAUUAUAGCACAAAGUACACAAUAGGUGCUGAAUAAACUUUGUUUUAAAAACCA